CCAUCGGCUUUCGGUAUGCUUUGCAUCGACAUAUUAUUACGGGUGCGGACCGAGCUACUACACAUAUAAGCGCUCUCCUGAUUCCCCUUUUAAUUUCUUAACUCCACCUCAAGGAAUUUCUCAAUCUUAUGCCGUUUCUAUGGCAACUAGUAUCACCAUGCACAAUAAAAAUAUGCCGCAGCUAGACAACAUGCUAUAUUUUAUAGGAUUAAAUCUGUGAACAGGAAUUUUGUAUAAAAGGUCGCAUUUUUUUUCAGCUACUUUUGCAGAGAAACCAAUAAAAAAGCAAAGUCAAAAGAAAACAAAAAUUGACUAUCCACAUCUAUUGAAUAACUAACUCAACUUUUGCAUUGAAACGAAACAAAAAUCAUAUGACAAGAAGUUUGGAAAAUCAAUCUUCAAUCGAGAGGGUCACUAAGAGGCCACACUCUCAAAGACAUAACAUAUCAAAAAAACAGCCAGGAAACAUAAUAGCCAUUCGAAACUUCAGAAAGUUACCUGGGAAGAUUGUUUAUCUUGUUCAACGCGAAGGAAGAGAAACUGAGAGCUGGGAGUCUGAAGAUGAAAUCGACAAUUUGGAUAUUCUAAACAAUUAUCACGAAAAUGUUGAAAAUGAUUCAGCUUACACCAUAAUUCAAAUGGAUAAAACGAGGAAUCAAGCUGAACAACCGCGUUUGGGGACAUCAACAUCCCGACCUAAGUUAACCAGAUUAGCCAAGAUCAGAGCACUAUUAGCACUGAAACAGCAGGACUCAGUUAAUGCGACAGAGGAUGUUUAUGAGCUACAUUCUAAAAAACGGAAGCUAGGCAGAUCACAGGAUACUGUUAUGCACCUUACUACCAGAACGCGUGCUAAUGGUGUGAGAAAAAAAACAAAAAAGCAGAUAAAUAAUGAAGAACAAGCUGAAAAGAAAGCAAAAAGAUUAAUGGACCGAGCAACUUUGAAUGCAGAUCAUAUUCUAACCGAACUAAAUCACACCUAUAAAAGUGAUUGCUGCCUUACAUGUUCAUCUGGCAUAUACAGAAACUGUCUGGAAAGAGAUGAUUUAGAGGGUUUUAAAACCGCUUUUAACAAUAUUAGCAGUAUCCCGCACUACACAAAUGAAGAUGCCCCGAAUGGGCUCGACUUAGUGAGCUAUGCAAUUACUCUCAACAAACCAGAAUUUGUGGAGAUUAUCAGCCAGGCCAAAUCAGACUUAAAGGCAGCGAAGACAUGCCGACCAUUAGUUCCAACUAAAUAUACGACUUAUACAGAGAAUACAGGCCAUAACAAUAGAGGAAGUAUUUACUCGCAUCGGUCUUUUAGAAAUGUUCAAGAGCUGCGAGGCAACAGGUUGGGAAAUUCAGCAUUCUACAAAGGAGCAGCAAACUCCAGAAGCUACAUGGUUGUUGAGGAUAUUUUAUACAAAUGUAAACUACGCUCUUUUAUGCCUGUUAUCAGUAAAGAUAUAUUUCAGGUAAUGGGUGUAAGUGACCUGUAUGUGAACUGUAUCACAAGUGAUUCACUUUCACUGUACUUCGCGGUGAGCUCGGGUAAUCGGUUGUUAUCCACAAAGAUAUUAGAGCAGAUGCAGCAAAAUACAGGUCGCCAAACUUUUAACCAUUUACACAAUGAGCUUUUGAAGAACCACAUUGCCCAAGAAUUAAGUAGUUACAAACGCUCGCAGAUAUUGAAAAUGGCUUUUGAUGCAUGCAAUCUUACACCCUAUCACUGUUCUGCUAUUCAUCCAUCUUCUAUACAUUUGCAGACAUUUUACGAAGCCCUAGAUGCAGCUGAGCGUUUACAAACCGAUUCAAUAGGCAGAACCGUUGCUUUUUACGCCGCUGUGAGUGAGAAUUCUGCCUGCUUGGAGUAUUUGAUUUCUGUCGACUUCAAUAUCCAACAGCACGAUAAAUACAAAAUGACCCCAUUCAUACAAGCAGCUCGAAUGGGACGUAGCCAUAAUGUAGAGCUAAUCAUUAAACACUUAAAAAAUACUGAAGAUGGUAGUGAAAUAUCAUCAUCAGUAUUCCAGACGCUCUUAAGGAAUAAACGAACCGCUUUACACUACGGCGCUUACUACGGGCAUGCAGAAACUUGCAAAAUAUUAGUUAACUAUGGUGCGCCAAUUGAUAUUGCCGAAAAGUUAGACAAGCAAACGCCACUUCAUUAUGCUUCAAGGAACGGUUACCUUGACUGUGUUCGUGUUCUUAUUGAAGAAGGCAAAGCUGAUCCAGAAAAAGGUGACAAGUAUGGGAGAAACGCACUACAUCUAGCAUGCAUUUAUGGGCAAUUACACGUAGUACGUUAUCUCUUGGCAGAAGGUGUGGAUGCAAAUAUGGGGGAUACCUCACUUAAUAGACCAGCUCAUUAUGCUGCUGCCUUCGGAUAUAUUGAAAUUCUUCAUCUACUUUUGACUUAUGGUCAAGCAGAUCCCACAGUCAAUAAUGUUUGGAGAAGUACGCCUUGCUCAGUAGCAAAUAUGAAGGGUCAUGUAGCAGUAGUUAGAUACCUUCUAAAUUUAUCAGAGCAUCCUAUUAAUGUCAACUUCAAAGAUCAAGACGGGCGCACAAUGCUACAACAUUGUAUUCAAGAAUCAGUAAGGUCAGAGUCUGAAAUAGCUAUUAACCUUAACAAAGCUGCAUUGUUGUUAUCAAUGAAUGCUGAUGCCAACAGCCAAGACAUCUACGGAAACUCAUCGCUACAUCUGUUGGCUAUGGAUGAAUCUUAUGUAUUACUGCAACCCAAGGGCUGGUUUUCUAUUUAUCCCACAAAAUUAGAAGGAUACCAAAAUAUCGGCCAAGAAGCCACAGUAAAGACCCUCGAUGACAUUUGCGGAAUUGAAUAUCAAAUAGAAAUUGCCAAAAUGUUGCUGAAGUCCAAGGCUGAUAUGUAUCUUAGAAAUCGACAGAAUGAAACACCAUUUAUAUGUGCAAUGGCGAACAAUCAUCAUUUGUUGGUGGCCACUUUUCUAGAAGCAGGCUACAAUUUUUUGGACAGUAGUACCGAUGUAAAAGGCAAUAACUUUUAUCACUAUUUUGGAAAGUUGGUUGCAUUUGUGAACUCGCUAAGAGCUCCUCAGGAAUUCGAUUCCAUUGUAAAAACGAGGUUUAUUGAUGUUACUAAAAGGAUAUGGCGAUCUAUUGAAAAUGCGUUAAGUCCUCCGCUAUUGAUCAUCGAUUUUGACAGCAAUGACCAUAUUAAUGCGGUCAAUGACAAUGGCUACACACCUUUACUGCUUUCAGUAUUAACCGCAAUUGAUUUACAGAAAAAGGCGGUUACUAAGGAAAAAAAGCUUAUCUCAUGCGCCGCAGUGGAAAAUACAAAAACUUCAGCUUUUGGUUCCACAAGAUCAAGUGUAACAGACUCAUGGGUAGUUAGCAACAAUUUUUUGAAGCACACGAAGCAGCUUACAGUGGAUCUGACUCUUCAAUUUGAGUUCUAUAUUUCGAUAAUGGAGAGCUUCAUCAAGCUAACCAAGCCAAAUCCAGAUCUUCAAGUGAUAUUACCGAAAGACUUUGAUAGAAAAAAGGAAGUUGUUUCAAAAAUUCUGCAGUAUCCACGCUAUACAGGAUACACUGCGCUUCAUUUGGAGCUUCUAUUGAAGUAUGGUGCACACGCAAAUACAAGGAUCAACAUAAGAGGACGAUUAGGUGACACACCAAUGAAUUUGGCUUGUCAUCAAAAGACAGAUGAGAGACAAGAGCUUCCAAAUGACAAAUUAGAAACUUUGGAGUAUAUCAACAAAAAGUUUGAUAUCGUCAAGCCUGAUUUCUGUAUGCUUCUUAACAGGACUAUCAAAAUACUUCUUGAUUAUGGUGCUUCCCCUUAUGCUACCGGUGAAAAAGGCAAAACACCGGUGAUGAUAGCAUCGUCAAACUUAUACACGGAUAUUCUUCGACAGAUGUGUUAUGUCAAGCCUUUACAGAACGAGAGUAUUAAUUCACAAGAUGAUCUAGGUCACACAGCUCUAAUGGCCGCCGUAGAUGCAUUUGAAGUCAAGUUUAAAAGCUCUUUUAAAGCAGACACGACAACCGUUGAACUGCUUUUAGAGAAUGAAGCCGAUGUCAACAUGCAGUACAAUAAUACAGAUACCGUUUUUUUCAAACUCAUUAAGCUCAAUUGCCAUCAUUUGAUAAAAACCGCAAUUCGAACAUCAGUUAUCAAUAUCAAACAUAAUUAUCAAAAUCGGGAACUCGAAACGGCAUUAACGUUGGCUUGUCGUUUUGAUCAACGUGAUACCCUUAAAACAUACCUUGAGGGUUUGAAAUCAGCAUCUAUUGUGUUUGAUACUAAUAUUUUCGAUAAAUAUGGAAGCACCCCACUAUCCUAUGCUUGUAAACAUGGAAAUGCCGACGUCGUUGAGCAAUUAUUAUCUAUGGGAGCUGAUCCAAACUUCUGCCAACCUCAAUCUGUUCCUUUAAAUGAAGCCGUCAAGAGUGGAAAGUUACAAAUUCUUAAGUCUCUACUGAGAUGUGGAGCGGAUGUGACUUUGACUGAUUUGGAUGAAAACACAUCUUUGCAUCAUUCUGUAUUGCAUAAUCAGUUUCGAAUGGUUGAUGCGUUACUGGAGUAUUCCGCUGACUGCAACCGCUCAAAUAUAAAAGGCCAAACAGCAUUACAUUUAACUGUCGAAAGAGCCCUGAACCAAAACAAUCGGUCUUUUCGCAUUGAACGUAGUCUGAUUGAUGCUGGCGCAAACAUAAAUGCAGCUGACUUCCUAGGCCGCACUCCUCUUCACUAUGCAUUCAUAAAGAAGAACUAUAUUCCACGUACAACUAAGACAGUGUUGUUACUUCCAAAAGUCGAACAGCUUCGUAAUGAUCUAGAGUUAGAAAAGAACAAAAAAAAGAUGCUGGAAAAUUACAUCUCCAAAUACACUUUGAAUGAUCAAAUAUAUACUGAAAAUGUACCCGACACAUGGCUUAUUGAAGCGGCAAAAAAACAUAUAAAUGAGCAUCUGAAAAGUGAGGAUGGUACACAAAUGCAGACUGUGAACAAGGUUAUGCUUAACAAAGAGGAAAAUCAGUUAUUGAAAAAUUAUGUCGACUGUUACUGGGAGAAGGAAGAUGAUACAUUUCAGAGGUUCGAUCCCAUAGACAUUCUACAGUAUUUGUUGAACUGCAUUGAUCUUAAUUAUGAAGCUGAAGAUAUCUUUGGAAGAACACCUAUACAUUAUGCAGCAUGCGUUGGUGCUUACAGCUGUACCACUCUACUUAUACAGAAAGGUAUUAAUAUUAAUACGCUGGACGAGGACAAAAAUGGACCGUUACAAUUGGCUCUUUUGAAUAACCAUGUGGACUAUUCCAUGAUGCUUUGUAGCAAUGGUGCAUCUGCAUUCGAUAAGAUUACCUUAAAAGAUCUUUCACAGACUUCAACUUUGGAUUUUGCGCUAUCGAGAUCCAUUGUCAACAUUGCUUAUUUGAUCAUGAAUAAGGCUUACCCCAUUUUACCAUUUGUGCAAGAUGCGUUGAUUAAUGGAAAAUUUCACAUGGCUGAAACGCUUAUACAAUCAGCUGAUAGACAAAUCCUCUCUUCUGCGCUAAUUAAAGAGAAGCACCAUAACCUUUGGCAUGUUCUAGCUAAUUUCAAACCUUUUGAUAGCGAGGUUUGGGAUGAGUACCUCAAGUCUAUCAUGCCACUGAUGUCUGACUCGUCCCUACCUGUAAGCAAAGAUGUUUAUGGAAGAACUCCUGUGCACUAUGCAGCAAUGCAUGGACAAAAUACGCUGCUACUACAACUUUUAAGCAUGGGAACAAAUGUUAACAGUGUUGAUGAAGAUAAUCUCACUGAAUUAGAGUACGCAGUCGAAUCGGGAAGUUUGAAAUGUGUCAAGAUACUUUUGGAAGCUGGCGCUGUUGUUACGAGGCAAAAUAAUGGCAAACAUAAAUCGGCCCUUUUGAAAGCAGCUGAAGACUCUCAAUUAGGUAUUAUGAGGCUGCUUCUUGAGCAUGGAGCGGCAUCGGAUGACGGAGAUAGUUUUAAUGGAUGGUCAAAUUCUGUUAUGGUAGCUUGUCUGAAAGAAAAUAUUGAUAUGCUUCAGCUGCUCAUCAAAUUUGGUUGUGAUGUCAAUACGUCAAGUUAUAUUGAGCGCAAAGAUGACAACGGUGUAAAAUACCAGGCCUUAGUUCAUCCUAUUUUCAUUUCAACGGUUUGGGAAAAGCAACUUUUUCUGAAGACCUUACUUGAAGCUGGUGCUAAUCCAAAUGUUCGCGGACUCGAAGCAGAGCGUGAAAAUAGCGACUCGUGUUUUAUUUUCAAUGCCAGGCUGGAUUUCGUGGAAAAUCAAGAGCUAUUAUUGGAUUAUGGUGUAGCUCUUAACGACAUUGACGUUAACACAGACCGUUCAAUCCUGUAUACGUUCAUAUUCGGAAGUCUGCAGCCACCAGCUGCACAAACCCCCAUUCACCACAAAGCCAGGCUCUUCAGAAUCAACAGCAAGGUUUUUACCAAAAUUUUACGAUUAAAUCCUUCAUUGUCCAGUAUACCUUUGAAAGUGAACCAUAUCGAUAAACUGACAGGAAUGACUCCGCUAGAGUUCACUAUUCGAACUGAAAAUAGAUUGCUGACAGAGUUUUUACUUUCACAUGGUGCCGAUGUUAAUGCUCAGAGUUUUGGCCAUACUACUUGCAGUUUGAUUGCUUAUCCAGGUUUCAACCCUUUGGGACACGAAUUGCCCGCUUUUCUGCACGCUUUGCUGCAAAACAAUAUGGACAUUAUUACUUUAGUCCUCGAGAAAUCAAAAAGAACAAUCAACUGGCUGUGGCAAGAUGAAGACAAUAAUAAUGUCAUUUACUACUUGAUUGGAGGUACAUCUGGUUAUUCUCGUAUUAACAUGGACUUGAUGACAUCAAUUGUCCAGCAUUACAUAUCGUUUGAUAUACUGGGAAUACUCUUAACGAUGAAGAAUCAAAAUGGUCUCUGUCCGUUAGACUACGCAUAUCGAUACAAUUAUCAAAAGUUUUACAAGUUCUUUGUGGAUAUUCGUCCACAGUUGCGUGAUUUACAACUGAAUAAUGAUGUUGUAACGCACUCGCCUGAAGCGAAAAAUGAAAUUACUACUGGAUUCAUCACCAGUGCACAAAUAGAUGAAGAUGCUAAUAAUGAGCGGGAAAAACUGAGAAAAAUUGUUACGAAGAAAAAGAAAAAACAUUAUAAUGGAGAUUCUGCAAAAUCAACAUUGAUAGAGGUGGACCCUUACUCGAAUUUACAAGUGGCGGGUGUUGUGCUUUUGGAUCAGGAGAAUGAAUGCCCUUAUGAUAUUAUGCUAAUGAAAGUUGAGUUGAAUUCUUGGGGCUCUUAUACAGAUACUACGUUUUAUAAAUUGAGUAUUAUUUAUAAUACUGUACUGGAUGUGUAUGUCGUAUGGACUCGCUGGGGUCCAUUUGGUCAAGAAGGACAAAAUCAAAAAGCACCUUAUUUGACGAAAGAAGAAGCUGUUUGCGAGUUCAAGGCCAUCUUCAAAUCCAAAACCGGUAAUUCGUGGGGAAAUCAUCAAACAGCGUUCGAAAUCAAACCUGGCCGUUAUGAAAUCUUGAAAACUUACCACUAUCCAAAGGAUACAUUACUGGAAAACUUUGACUUUUUAACUUCAGGCAUCACCACGUCGUUGCCAAUUGAAAUACUGAACCUUAUGAAACUUAUCUGUAAUUACGGUUAUUUAUCAGAGGUUUAUCUGGAUACAAAGGUUGAUAUGCCUCUAGGACAGAUCCCUCAAGCUAGGAUUGAGCAAGCGCGUAAGCUUCUUCAAGAAACUGUCAAAUUGAUAGAUAAGUAUGAAGUUGCUCGCGUCAAAUAUAGUGACAGGACUAGUAUUUCCCUGUCGAAAGAAUAUGCAUUCAGAAUAGCACAAAAUUGUAUUAAGUAUUCUCAACUCAUUCCACAUGCUGGUAUAAACAACGGCAGUAAUGUAUUAUCACUGUACGACCAAAGGAGACAAAGCAUUCGAGCGCAACUUUCUAGAAUCGAUGAUAUAAGUUACGUUGGCUUUGCGGCAAAUGUUAUUCUGGCAGCAAAACAUCGUAUGGAAACCAUCAACCCUCUUGACUACGCGUAUCGCGCCUUGAAUUGCGCCCUCAGACCAGUUCGAAACAUAAACAACGAGCAAGCUGAAUAUCAGAUGGUAAAAUAUUACAUGGAAUCUACAGCGGCUUCAGACCACUACGAGUUGAUUCAUCUUCUUGGAGUCGAUCGUGCUGAUGAAGAAGCGCGUUUUCGACCAUUUGAGAGUGAAGCAAAUCGUAAACUUUUGUGGCAUGGUUCAUGCAUUGGUAAUUUUAUGGGUAUUCUCAAACAAGGGCUUCGUAUCAGUCCAAGGACAACAACAACCACGAAUGGAGCUAUGCUAGGCAACGGUGUUUAUUUUGCAGAUACAUUCGCAAAAUCACUAAAUUACUCCACUGAUUAUAGUGGUAGCAAAAGUGGAUAUGCAGACUAUAGAAUAUUAUUACUUUGUGAAGUUGCACUCGGCAGCCGGCAAGGGCUGUAUAUCAAUCAGUGUAUCGAAAAUUGUGAGCAAUAUGACUCUGUUCUUGGACAAGGUAAACAUGUUCCUGAUCCCAGAAACGCUAUAUACGAUCAAACAGGCAUGUGUAUUCCUAUAGGCCCAUGUGUACCGUAUCUACCUGAUGACACUGGUAAUGGAAAGAACAAGCCAAGAAUUCCUUACCUUUAUCACAAUGAAUAUGCCGUCUACACUUCCGAUAGAGUGAAGAUUCGGUACCUGUUGAUCCUGAAGAAGUCCGAUAUCUGUCAUCUUUGUGGAAGCUCCAACGACAGUAAAUCCUUGAGUCCUCUUCACAGUCAUGAAUUAAAAGACUACAAAUUUGAGGAGUUUAACGCGUUUGAAGCGGUAGUAUUGAAGGCAUACUUGACUCAUUCGAAUAAGACUAUCAAGCAGGUUUUUGAUAACGACUUGGGUAGUUUUGUUAACAUGGGAUAUUACAAAGAAAGAUGGGAUGUCCCUUUGGGUUUAACCACUGAUGCUCACGUAUGCAAGAAAUGCGCAAACCACAUCACAUCAUUGAUUUUAGUUAAACGAAUGGAGAGCAUUAGCGAUAGUGCAGGCCAUAUACCUCAAUACCUUCGUUUGAGGUCCAGAUGCAAGUAUGGAAAGGAAUGCCAUGCUCAAAGGUCUUCAAUGCACCACGCCAAAACAUAUCAACACUGGUUCCUUGAAAAUCUGACUAACAAGCCUCAAGCGAACAAUGACGAGAAUAAAAUAGAUACAGAGGAUGAUAUAGAAGCUGAAUCUGACUGAUUAACUGAGGAUAGUAUGGAACUUGAUGCUUAGCUGUAUUGCGUAAUAUACAUAGUUACAAACCUGUCUGAAAUACAAUUUAAACA